AUGAGCGAGGAACCUUACCGGCAGGAGGAGACGUCGCCCUACCUUCUCGGAGGCGGCAUGCUCUCUGAGGGGCGGGUGCCCCCCUCUUCCCCUCUCGCGCGCCGAAGCCUUGAGGAAUGGAAUCGACUGAGCUUCUACGGGGGCAGCACGACGUCGAUGGCGUCGGACCUCUUCGCAACGUCGCCCGCCACGGCCUCCGCACUCGCCUACUUCGAACGCACCCCCGACCCUUCGCCGAGGGGUGAGAGUGUAGCGGUAGGCGGAGGAGGAAGCCAACAAGCUGACAUCCAAUUUACGGACGAAGAUUUGGCGCGGAUCAAGGCCCUACGCGUCAAGAGCCAGACCGGUGGUGCCUCCUCCCCGCACCACCGCCACCAGCAGCAGAACGGAGCACAUGAGCAGCAGCAGCAGCACAAGGAAGCGGAACCAGGAGGAGGACCACGAGGCCGGGGCGGGCUCGAGCAGCAGGAGCACUCCACCAGCCACCACCACCACUAUCAGCACGCGUCGCCAAGCCAGCAUUCCACAACACACGAGGACGAACCUCCCACGCCACCGUCCGAUGCCGCUGACGGCCGACACGCCGAUGCUCCCUCCCCGCAGGGCGUCGACAGCUUCGAUGCCGAAUUUGAAGCAACCGCCAGUGGGCGCGAAGAGGAAGAGGACGGAGUGGGGCGGGAGUGGGCGUUACAGAGCAAGCACUUCUUCAUCCUCUCCGACGCCGGCAAGCCCAUCUACUCCCGAUCCAUGUACGCCGGGGACCACGUGAUGGUGUUCAUGUCCCGCGGGCCGCUCUACCUCGUGGCCAUCGCGAGCUCCGGCGAGCCGGCGUCGGUGCUGAAGCGGCAGCUGGAGUGGCUCCACCUCCAGAUCAUCUCCACCAUCACCUCCGGCAUCACCAAAAUAUUCGAGACACGCCCCUGCUUUGACCUUCGCAGCCUGCUGCGCGGCAGCACCAAGUUCAUCGACAACCUGGUGGCGGGGCUGGACAAGCAGCCCUCCUACCUCAUCAACGCCACGCAGUGUCUGCCCCUCGAACCGGCCAUCCGAAGCAUGACGGGCACCUACCUCCAGGGCAUCAAAUCCGAAGACCUUGUAUAUGCGCUGCUGAUCGCGGACGGCAAGCUUGUAAAUUUUGUGCAGCCCAAGCGGCAUCCCCUCAAACCCGAAGACCUGCAGCUGAUCCUCAACUUCCUCGAGUCCUCGGGCACCUUCCGAACAAACGAAACCUGGGUCCCCAUCUGCCUUCCCAAGUUCAACGACGGCGGCUACCUCUACGCCUACCUGUGCUACCUGAACGAGAGCACGUGCCUGGUGCUCAUCUCGACGGUGCGGAACAGCGAGAAGUUCUACGAGCUGGCCGAGUGGAAGCAGAAGAUCGACAAGUCGCUGCGAGCAGCGGGCGCCCUCGAGGCCAUCACCAAGUCGGUCUCGCGGGAGAGCUACACGGCCAGCGCCGUGGGCGUGCCCGGCCUCGUCUCCUUCCUCUACCGACACAACGCCCUCCACCAAUUCACCGCGCCCUCCCUCGACCCGCCCUACCACACACCCGCCGAACAGGCCAAGAUCCUGCGGCGGUACCAGAAGCUGUACGGGAAGGUGCUCGAGCGACCGCCGUGCGGGACGGAGGGUGAGGGGGGGCAAGCCGCCGCUGCCCGAGCACCCCACUGGGACGCCAACGACCGGGAGAGCAGCCUCGUGUGGGUGACGUCCGACGUGCUCCUCUUCAUCCUCUUCGAGCCGUGGGUGGCGCGACCACAGGCCGUCCACGCGGCCAACGACAUCCUCAAGUGGGUCAAGUCGCGCGACAGCAACCUAUUCGUGCUCCCCGCCGCCACCCAGACCUGGUGA